AUGAAUUAUGAUUAUGAAAUAUCCCAAAACAUUCCUGACUUGUUGCAUCCUCAGGUUAAAGCCCAGAAUGACUUUCGUGAUGAGAUGUUCACCAGUGAAUGGCACUACGCGAAGGAUAUUGUCAACAGAGAAACAGUCACUGGAACGACAACAGGAUAUCGCAAUUACGACUUCCACAAGAAACACGACACGACUCAGACUCACAGGCUUCUGGUGUUAAAGAGCGAGAUUGAGGUCGUUCAGUUCCAGAGUAACUCUCCGAAGUACCUCCCAAUAUCGGAGGAGUUUUGGAAGGCACUGGCCAAACUCCCAUCGGUCUACGACUAUUCAGCCUACAGGAAGAUUUUGGAGCGGUUUGGAACACAUUACGUAUCUGAGGGAAGCCUGGGAGGGUCCUUCAAUGCCAUUGCUGCAAUCGAUCAAGAAACAGAAAACUACCUGGAAAGUGAAACCAUGACGCACCACGAAUGUGAAAGGACUAAACGCUGGGUCCUUUUUUUCCCCAUUACAACUGUGCAUUGUGUAAAUGAUGACUAUGAAAGGUCAAGGACAAAAGGUUUUAACCAUAACACCAAUGUGGUGCAAGUGAACGUGGAAGGAGGAGGCGUUUCACACAUUGCAGCACUGAAGAGAAUGCAGCUCGAUGAUCCCAACAAGAACUGGGAAAUGUACUCAAACUGGGCUGAUUCCAUUCGAUCGUUCCCACAGGUCAUAAAACAGAAGCUACGACUGCUAUCAGAACUGGUGAAGGAGGUUCAGUGCACUGGGGUGAAAAAGCUCUAUCUCCGUAGGGCCAUAGAACAAUACCUGGAAGAGAGUGAUGCCUGCCACUGCCAACCCUGCAGAAACAACGGCUUGGCUGUCAGGGAUGGAGAUGAAUGCAAAUGCAUCUGCAAGACCGGCACGUCAGGCCAGGCCUGUGAGCUGGGAGCAGACGUGGAAGGCCAACAGGGAGUGAUCAACGGCAGAUGGUCUUGUUGGUCUGCCUGGUCUUCGUGCUCUGGGGGUCGAAGGUCACGAAGUCGAUCCUGUUCUAACCCCUCCCCUCAGAAUGGCGGACAGCACUGCAUCGGAGACGCAACCAAGACGUCUGGCUGUGAUGACGCCGAGGAGCUGCAAUACCUGAAAACCAUGGAGCCUCAGUGCUUUGACGUCUCUCUCCCAGAACGUCAGAAAUGUGACACUCCACCAAGUCUGAUCAACGGCUACAUCCUGAAUCCAAAGGACAAUUACUUUGUGGGUGAUAAAGUUGAGUACGCCUGCACUCCUGGUUUUGAUCUGCUUGGUAACAUCUUAGAAUGCACCCCCGAUCGUAUCUGGUCUGCAAGUCCUGGUCUGUGUGCAGUUUCUGUUUGCAAGCUUCCUUUACUCACUGCGGAUAUCAUAGUAUUCCCCUUACGAGAGGCUUAUCACCUUGGGGAGACUGUUUCCUUGUCGUGUCCAGAGGGUAAAGAGUUACAAGGGGAAACAUCCUCUAGUUGUGAUUCCAGUUUGCAUUUUUCUCCAGAUCCAGCAGAAGUUAGAUGCAUCCAAGCUGGUAAACAACAGAAACCAACUGCUCCCACAGUACAAUGUCAACCAUGGGAGAAGCCUUUCAGAGGAAACUGUGUUUGUAAAAUGCCUUUGGAGUGCAGUUCCUCACUGGAGUUGUGUGCCACAAUACCAGUAAGCAAAAGAUUUGUCCCUCUGACUGUGUGCAAAAUGCAUGCAUUGCAGUGCAAAGGAACAAACCUUGCAAUAGCAGAGUACGACAGCUGCACAUGGCCACAGCGCAACACAACAGGCUGCAGAAGCUGUCACAUGUGGGAGGACUGUGAUGACCAAAACAACGAGUGCCGCUGUAAAGACUCUGCAAACUGCUCAACCUCCGGGUCCGACGUGUGUGUUCGUGUCGGUGAGGAUGUGACGGUGGCCCCACAAACCAUGAACGAGUGUGAAGCAGGACUUCGGCGGUGUAAAGGAGAAAAGGUGUCGGUUAUCAGCAUCAUGUCAUGUUUGUGA